AUGGGGUGUGAGGUGGUGAAGAAGAAAAUGUGGAAGGUGUGUACGGUGGUGUUGGUGUUGGCAGCAGGUGGGGUAAACUUGUGGGGUGGUAGGGUGGUGCAGGCAGAGGCAGAGGUGCCAUGUUACUUCAUAUUUGGUGAUUCCUUGGUUGAUGAUGGAAACAACAACCAGCUCUCGUCGUUGGCUAGAGCUGAUUACAUGCCCUACGGCAUCGACUUCGAUGGCGGACCAACUGGAAGGUUUCGCAAUGGCAAAACUACUACUGAUGUUAUCGCUCAACUCUUGGGUUUUGAUGAUUAUAUUCCACCAUAUGCAACUACAGGAGGCCAGGAUCUCCUCAAAGGUGUAAAUUUCGCGUCAGCCGCUGCCGGGAUAAGAGAUGAAACUGGGAGGCAUUUUGGUGAUCGGAUCAGCAUGAAUAGACAAGUAAGAAAUUAUCAAUCUGUGUUCUCUCAAAUCGUUGAAAUACUUGGAGAUGAAGCUUCUGCAAAAGACCAUUUAAGCAAAUGUAUCUUUACAGUAGGAAUGGGUAGUAAUGACUACCUGAAUAACUACUUCAUGCCUUUGUAUUAUACAACAAGCCAGGAAUACACCCCAGAACAGUACGCAGAUGCCCUUAUUCAGGAGUACACAGGGCAAUUAAAGACUUUGUAUAACUAUGGAGCAAGGAAGGUAUCCUUGUUUGGAGUAGGUCAGAUUGGUUGCACCCCAAAUGAAUUGGCUAAAAAUAGCCCAAAUGGAGUGACUUGUGUCGAUAGAAUUAACGUCGCAAACCAGAUGUUCAACAACAAGCUUAAGGCUCUCGUCAACGAUUUCAACAACAAUCUAGUUGGCACGAAAUUCACCUACAUAAAUGCCAAUGGGAUUUUUGAAGAUAUGUUGAAGAAUCCUUCAGCCUAUGGGUUUACUGUCACAAACACUGGAUGCUGUGGGAUGGGCCAGAACAAUGGUCAAAUUACAUGUCUUCCUCUUCAAACUCCAUGCCAAAAUAGGAACCAGUAUCUGUUCUGGGAUGCCUUCCAUCCAACUGAAGCUGCAAAUGUGAUUGUCGGUGGGAGGUCUUACAGAGCUCAGUCUUCCUCUGAUGCUUACCCAGUUGAUAUCCAACACUUGGCUCGGCUCUAA